CGCGCACGCACUAGCGACGUCACCGCCAAGAGCUCCUACAUCAUCCCACACGCGAGAGAGAGAGAGCGUCAGAGAGAGAGAGAGCGCGCCAGAGAGAGGGAGCCAGAGAGAGAGAGAGCCAGAGAGAGAGAGCUGCACACGACAGACACACGCAAACAUAACAUACGCACAGCGAGGGAGGCUGUUACAGGAACGGUAUUCGAUUAAAGUCGUGCAUACAGACGCACUCCGCACGCGGAGUGGCGUGUGCAUGCGUAGAGAGUUGCAAUUUGCGAGCGCCUGCCGUCAUCACAUCGCCAGAAGCAGUGACAACACGAGCGGCACCACCGCCUGUGCCGGGAGACUGCGCUGCUGCCUGGCGAGGUCUUCUCGGGGAAAGACAUCGCGUGCGACGAGACAGCAGCAACUCAUCACCACCACCACGAUCAUCAUCCUAAACAUUAUCGUCUGCAGCUUCAGUGUCUCCAUCACAGCCACCGCUAUCAUCACUUGCAUCACCACCUUUUUCAGCAUUAGCAUCAUCAUCAUCGCAACGGUGUACAUCAUCACCACCGGCAUCAUCAUCUCGACGUUCAUCGCCAUCAUCAGCACCACCAGCAGCACCUCUACCAGAACCAUCAUCAUCAGCACCACCAGUAGCACCUCCACCAGCACCAUCAUCAUCAUCAGCACCACCAGUAGCACCUCUACCAGUAUCAUCAUCAGCAGCACCACUAGCACCAUCAUCAUCAUCAUCAUCAGCACCACCAGUAGCACCUCUACCAGUAUCAUCAUCAUCAGCACCUCCACCAGCACCAUCAUCAGCACCACCAGCAGCACCUCUACCAGCACCAUCAUCAUCAUCGGCACCACCACCACCAGCACCACCUACAUCAGCACCGUCGUCGUCAUCGCCUCCAUCAGCAACUGCACCACCACCACAACCAUCACCUCUCCGUGCCAUGGAGCCGCCUGAAACAGUGUCCGAGCUGCGCCAGAGGCUACUGAAGGGCGUCAAGAAAGAGGUGAAGCAGAUCAUGGAGGAGGCUGUGACAAGGAAGUUUGUUCAUGAAGAUAGCAGCCACAUCAUCACCUUCUGUGCGUCCGUGGAGUCGUGCCUGCUGCACGGGCUGCGGCGCCGCGCCGCGGGCUUCCUGCGCAGCAACAAAGUGGCGGCGCUCUUCCUCAAGGUGGGCAAGAACUUCCCGCCCGCCUCCGAGCUGUGCCGCCGGGUGCAAGAGAUGGAGCUGCUGGUGGAGAGCAGCAGCGAUUCGGUACAGAGCUUCCUGAGCUCGUUGCACGCCUUGCCGCAGGAUCUCCACAACUUGGCCGUGGAUCCGCUGUACAGGAGGGCGUCGGGCCGCGAGCCCAUGAAGCGGCAGACCAGCGCGCAGAAGAGCGCCAACCUGUCCCCCCAGGCGAUCCGCCACCUGUGGGUGCGCACGGCGCUCUUCGAGAAGGUGCUCGACAAGGUGGUGCUGUACCUCGUCGAGAACGCCAGCGUCUACUAUGAGAAGGACGCCCUGCUCGCAGACCCCGUGGAAGGACAGCUGCUGGCCUCCUUGUUGGUGGGUCCGUGUGCGCUGGAGUACACGCGCAUGAAGACUGCCGACCACUACUGGACGGACCCCUCCGCCCAGGAGCUCGUGCAGCGACACCGCAUCCACAGCCCUCGCGGUGGCCGGGCCGAGUCGCCCUCCAAGCGGCCAACGCUGCACAUCAAGAAGCGGCAGUCGAGCGCGGGCAGCGUGUCGGAGGACCGACCGGUGACGGCCGCGCGCGACUACGUGGAGUCGCUGCACCAGAGCGCUCGCAACAUCCUCCUCUACGGCAAGAACAACGUCCUCGUGCAGCCGCGUGGGGACGUGGAGCCCGUGCCGGGGUACCUGUCCCUGCACCAGGCCGGCGAGCGUCUCACGCUCAAGUGGACCCCCAAUCAGCUGAUGAACGGCAGCAGCCCCGAUCCCGAACACGAGAAAAACGUGCUGUGGGACUACGCCAUCACCGUCCACCUGGAGCACAUCGUCUAUAUCCACUGCCACCAACAGCCGGAGAGCGGAGGCACCCUGGUGCUGGUGAGCCAAGACGGAAUCCAACGACCCCCCAUCCACUUCCCCCGCGGGGGCCACCUCCUCUCCUUCCUGUCGUGCCUCGAGAGCGGCCUGGCCCCACGCGGGCAACUCGACCCGCCCCUGUGCACACACAUGAGCACGGGCGCCGUGUUCCCGCCGCUGCGCAAGCGGCUCGGCAGGUCCCACGCCAGCGAGGAGGAUCAAUCACCGUGCCCCCACGACGGUGUUCCCGUGGCCACGGGGGCCGGUUCCCACGACGGGGUCCCCGGCCACGGGGCCGAGGGGGCCCUCCCGCCCACGCUCGCCGACGACGGCGGCGGAGGUGGAGGAGGAGGAGGUGGGGAAGAUGAUGAGGUGGCCGACGACGACGUGGAGGACGAGGCGGCGGCGGCCGGCACCGACUACGUGUUCCGCAUCAUUUACCCCGGAUACCGCAACGACUUCAUCUCGCAGGACCUGCUGGAAGGGCAGGCCUCGAACGUGGCCCUCGGCAGCCCCGGCCAGUGCCCGCCGCCGCCGCUCUGGCAGUCGGGCGAGGCGAGCCCGAUGAGACCCUACGCUCCGGUGCCUGGCGCUCCCUCGCCCGGCUCGCCCUCUCUGCCGCCCGACGCGGUGCCCACCGCCUACCCCACGCACAUCGCCGCCGAGAGGACUCCACUCAAGAGCCUCUGCGACAACAUGAGGAGACAAAUCCUGUCCCGCGCCUUCUUCGGCUGGCUCGCCUACUGCAGACAUCUGAGCACGGUGCGCACGCACCUGUCCGCGCUCGUGAACACCGACAUCGUGCCGGCGGAUCGGCCAUGCGACGCCAGCGGCGGCCUCACCCAGCAGCUCUGGGCUGCCAUGGAGGCCGGCACGGAGGAGGUGAGCGAGACGGAGAUGGUGAGGCUGGUGUACUACGGCGGAGUGGAUCCCUCCGUCCGGCACCACGUGUGGCCAUACCUUCUUGGCCACUACCAGCUGGGCAUGACGGCAAGCGAGAAGCAGCAGGUGGACGAGGACACGCGCGCGCGCUUCGAGGACACGAGCGCCGCGUGGCGCGCGUGCCAGGCGGCCGUGCAGGCGCGCGAGCGCGAGCGGGAGGCGCUGGGCGGACACGGGAGGCACGCCGCCGCCGGCACGCGCGCCGCGGGUUCCGUCGGCAGCCCGGGCGGCGUUGCCGGCACCGGCGUCAUUGCCGGCGUCGGCGCCGUUGCCGGCGUAGCGGUGCAGGGAGUGACGGCGAGGAGUCGCGCCGCGUCCUCGCUGGCGGCGCUCGGCCGCCUCUCGAGCUCGGCGGGGAGCCUGGAGGCGCGGCUCCUCCGCUUCGGCGCGUUCGGCUCGAGCGUCAGCAGCGAGUCGAGCGUGCACCCGUGCCUGCCUACUGGCUGCAGUGUGAGCACCCAGGUGUUUGAGUCGGUAGACGAAGUGGAGACCCACGCAGGCCCCGAGGCGUCCACAGCGCUGCAGAAGUGCCUGCCGGACCUGCAGCUCCCUUACGCACCCGGCGAGGACCCCCAGCCCGGUCUGGAGACGCAAGACUCGACCGAUACGCAUGGCACGGGCAGCCACGCGGAGGGGGAGGGCAGCCCGUGGGAGCCCGAGGAGCAAGGCAUGCUGGGGGGCGCGGACGAAGCCGGUUGCCACGGCGAUGGCGAGGCAGUGCCGAGCCCUGCCUUGGGGUCGCCGCCUUCUCAGCCAGAGCCCUACAGCGCGGUUGGAGAUUACACGCAAGAAGAGCUGGACAUGUACGCGAUGAACUUCCAUCGCAUCGACAAGGACGUUCACCGGUGUGACCGCAACUUCUGGUUCUUCACUGCCGGGAACCUGGAGCGGCUCCGCAGGAUAAUGUGCAGCUACGUGUGGGAGCACCUGGACGUGGGCUACGUGCAGGGCAUGUGUGACCUCCUCGCGCCGCUCCUCGUCAUCCUGGACGAUGAGGUGCUGGCCUACAGCUGUUUCAGCCAGCUCAUGAAGAGGAUGAUCCAAAACUUCCCCCAGGGCGGAGCCAUGGACAACCACUUUGCCAACAUGCGCUCGCUCAUCCAGAUUUUGGAUUCGGAGAUAUUCGAGCUGAUGCAUCGCAACGGAGACUACACUCACUUCUUCUUUUGCUACCGCUGGUUCCUGCUGGACUUCAAGCGAGAGCUGGUGUACGACGACGUCUUCGCCGUGUGGGAAGCCAUCUGGGCGGCCCGGCGCGUCUCCUCCGAGCACUUCGUCCUCUUCCUGGCGCUGGCGCUGGUGGCACGCUACCGGGACAUCAUCCUCGAGAACAACAUGGACUUCACGGACAUCAUCCGCUUUUUCAACGAGAUGGCGGAACGGCACGACGCCCGGCAGCUGCUGGCAGGGGCGCGCGAGUUGGUGCACCGCGUGCAGGCGCUCAUCGAGAACAAGUGAAGCACGACCCGUACCCAGCAGCACCACCAGCAGCAGCUGCCCCCACUCGCCACCCGCUGCCACCACCACCGUCGAGCAGCCACCACGUGGGUGCUGCUGCUACUGCUGCUGCCCCAGUGCGUCCGGGGGGUCAAACGCCAAACCGCGGACAAAAACUCUGCCAUCGGAUUCUGCAGGCCUCUCCCCAGUGGCCUCACACAAACACGAGGCACCUCAACCACCGGUGGUGUGCAGGUCGGGUGCAUUGCUUUUGGAUGUUUUGCUCGAAUCUGUGUAAUCAUAUAAUGAGGAUAUGGUUAUACGGCCCAGCGUUACCGCUACCGUUUACAUCUCGUGGGCUAAUCCGCGAAUUUCCACUUUCAAGAACAUUCCAAAGUUUGUUUUUUUUGCUCAGUAACCCCUCGCCCCCUCCCCCCUUUUUACCCCACUGCCUUCAAAACAUUCCUUUUACACACGACACAAAUUUACACGUUCGUGUAUGCGUCGUUAUUUUGGUUUGAUAGUUUUUGUAUAAUUAUGAUUUACGCCCCCUCAAGCCCCAGCCUUGGCCCACACUCUUGUGCGCCCCCCCCCCCCCGACACCCUUAGCAAUGCCACCGAGGCCCCGAUAGUGGCAAUGCAACAAGGUGCCAAGGGGUCUUUGCCAGCAGGGCCCAGAGCUCAGACGGGACCAGAAUGCACUGUGUGCUCCAAUUUUCCCGCUGGGGGCUACUACAAACGAGACCUUUCAACGCCUAGGCCCGAGACCUCUUUACAGGAGGGUCAGACUCUGGGCCAAGUUUCUUAACGUGGGCCGGGCCUUACGCUCGGAGGGGCCCCCCCGCAGUGGAUUCGGCGGCGGUGUGGUAGCGGCGCUCCUCCAGUACGCCCGCCGGGGCCUUCGCGACGGGGAGCGGACCUCGCCUUGCCCACGGCUCUCCUGCGCCUGGCCACUCGCCGGCACCGCCGUGGUUGACGUGCCGGCAUUGCUGGGAUUUCACUGCAGCUCAGGUUGGGGAGGGGGGGGGGCAGCACCAAUUAAAGAGCUUGAGCCGCGCACGCCGUGCCACGGCCGCUCACACGCUCGCUUGCUCGCUCGCUCCAGGUAUGUGGCUCAGGUCACGCUGAGCACCGACGCUCACGCACCUCCGAUUAGCACGGUUGGCUGCGUACCGUGCGAAAGACGUCCCACACGCACACGUACAUACUCUACACGGACACUUGGCCUAUGCCCGGCGCAUCCUAUGUGUCCCCCCCCCCAAUCUACCCAUCCGAGCCUAAUGCCCACUCACGCACGACCGCAGAGACCACGCGAUUGCUUAUCGUGGACACACAAAGCUCACUACAACAAAGUACCGCUCACCGGACUCGCCGCGUGUGCGACGGACCUCGCGGGACCAGCGAUCUCCCGCGGCCUGCCGGCCGUCUCCCGGAGACUCCGCUCCACGAUGCUGGUUUGCACGACUCACUCGGUGCCGGUGUCUCUCCGCUGCGCGUCGCGACGGCCGCGUCUCACGGACGUGGACGGUGUGUUGGGCCGAGAGAGAGACGCCGGCUUCGCAGGUGCUGGGGUCGGUUCUCCUGGGUUUGGAAGCACGAGAGGGCGGCUCCCUUUUUGCGGGGCCCUUUGUAACUCUAUCCUCAGCCCCGGCCACUCCGCUCCGUUAAUUUGACACGCGCUUGAGUUCGAGGGCUCAAAUCUCUUCGAACUCUUCAUUCCCCGUUUGCUGUUUAAGCUCCGCUCUCCGACCUGUCCACGACUGCAAUCUCCCAACGGUUUCUGCCAAUCAAUGGGAGAGAGACCAUAUUCCCUUGAAACUCACAAAGCUCCCCUGCUGCUGUCCGGGAUUAGCUGAGCCUCCUUCGAACCGCUGCCUUCUUCUUCUUGUUCGUCCAUCAAAGUUGAUGAUGACCAUGGCACGUUUGUCAUUUUGUUGGGUUUUGAUGAGUGCGCAGAUGGCUGAACAGGCCAAUCCGAGCCCGGAAUUCUCUGCGGCACACUGGACAGGUCAGGGAGGAUGUAGAGCUCUGAGGUGCAGCCACACGUCCUUCCUUGGUAGAUUUGCGCUGCUGCCUCUUCAAGAUGGCACAGGAGCUCCUACUCUCACAGAGGACUGCACCGUCCUGUACUUUUCUUCUCCAGGCAGGUCGGUCCUGUGCUAGGGAUUCCCAGCUUUUCAGGUCAAAUCCAAAGCUCUUCAAGGAAGCUUUGUUAAGGGUGUCCUUGUAGCGCUUUUUGGGGCCACCCAUCCUCAAGGUGGCCCUGCCCUGCGCGGUCCCGCCACCACGAAGGGCAAACCAAGGGCAGUGACCAUGCAUCACACCACGUGGUCUUGUAAUUUGUACGACCACCAGCUUCACUGGAGGUGGCCUUGUGCCAAGCUCACCAUAUCACUGGGUCGGGUGGCCUUCCUCCCCCCCCCACUGCCCUUCAAACGUUGCCAAUGUUUGUCCACCCAGAGGAAGCCCUUGGCCAAGGCCGCCUGCUAGGAUGCCCAGGGAGGAAAGCCUAGGCUGGUAGGGAAGUCUGAUGCCAGGGCUAUGCUAAAGGUAAUCCACCCCUUUCCCCCACGAUGUGAGCAGUGUGCAGUGCGGAGUCGCGUUGCCACUGGGCUGCUGCUUGCUAGGUCAGCGUCACGCGCAUGUCACGAGGCUUUUCCUAACCUAAGCCUCGUGCCGCGAUCUUCGGCCUGGACUUCACGGUCUAGUGCAACAGGUCUCGGGCCUUGGCGUGGUGGUCUAGCGUAUGAAGCCUCAGCUUUGCCCUUCUCUUAGAAGAGGCCUCGACCUCGUGUUUGGCUUAGUGUAAUCUGCCUCAGCCUUGUCCUCAGCCUAUUGUGAAAGGUUUUGACCUUUUUUCUUGGCCUUGAUUUAAAAAAGAUACACAGCUCUGUCCUCCAGUACCCAGGCAUUGAGCAUAGACGUAAGUGUGUACGAUGGGAUCUCAGUUCCAUUUCACAGAGCACGCGAUGCCCACAAUUACAGAAUAUGAAGAACCGGUCCACACAAAGAGGAUCUGUUCGGGACGUGAGAGCGCGUGCCUAUUUGUGGAGUCAAACGCCGCAAUCUUAAGCAAAGCGAAGCACAUCAACAUUCCACUCGUAUUAUUAUUGUUCGCUUUCGGGCUGAUGAUGGUAUUUAAAAAAUAUAUAUUAGAAUAUAUACCAUAGUUGUUUAUUGGAAGUUUAAAAAAGAAAAGUGAUCUUUAUAAUGCGCACUGUGAAACUACAAAUUCCAUGCGUUUUGAGCGAUGGCCCACACGUCGCAGUUUUGCUGCGAGGGGGGCGUGACUUUCUCGCGAGGUUCCGCGUGGCCUCCGUGACCUGCAUGACCUUUGUCAGAGAGCGACGCGGGGAGGGACACACUGAAUCCCUGACUCGGGCUUCAUGGCCGGCCAAAUGUCGACAAGAGUCUUUGAAAAGGACUAUGCCGCGAAUGUGCAACCGAAGUGGAUUAAAGCGAGGGUGUGCGUGUGGAAAGAAAAUUGGGCAUUUCAUCUUAAGAGGUUAGGUUAAGGGAAGAACUUGAUUGGAUAUGGCAUAGUACGUACUUGAGAUAAACGGUACUCUGGGUUUAUCAAGUUUAAAUGAUUCAUGUAGAUUCAAAGGUUAUUUUUGUUAUUCGAAUGGCUGAUGCUAAGAAUUCUAGUGUUGAACCGUUUAUGGAGUUUGUCAUAGAUAUGUGUGACAUUCAAGGUCGCACAAUUUGUCAGGCUUGUCGCUAACGAUGCCCGUUACGAUCCAGUCGGUGCGAAACACAGGCGUCACGCUCUUUUCAGCAGUUUCACUAUUCAACACGUGCGACACGUGCAUUCAUGAUUACGAAUGACCGACUCUUUAAGUGAUUUAAUUACGAAUAAUAAUACAAAUCCGCGAGUUUGUGUUUUGUGUAAUUAGACAUUGCCAAGGUCAACCGGUCAACAAUUUGGGAAUUCGUAUCUGAGAGUCCCGGAUUCCUGCGCGAGUCUUGCGUGGAUGACGAGGUAACAUUGCCUUCGCCUAUUCAUACUCCACACCCAAUGAGGAAAUGUGCAGAUCGCAUCUUCCUCAUUCCCAUCGUGAUCGUGGUUUUAUGGUGGCCACUGAAUAGUUCCAAGCCGCUCGUUUCUAUCCGUUUCGUGUGCCAAAGCCUGGAAAUUUUCGCACGAAUGCCUUGACUGCAUUUUUGCCGUAAACAGGCACCCCCCCCCCCCCCCGGGACCUUAAAUGCCUCUCCGUCCCAGCGUGGCUAUCGAUUCCAGAAGCCUAAAACCCCGAAAGCAGAAUGCUGUGGCUUUGUUGUGCAUGCUGGUGGUGGUGGUGGUGUGAAAUGUGUGCCCACUGCAGGGACAUGCAUGGCAUUGUGCCAGUGUCUAAAUGACUUUGUGAUGCUGUGCGUGUGUGUGCGUGUUUUGUGGCUCGCAAGCGGCACACGAGUUGCAUUAAUGGGGCUUUUGUAUAACCCAGAAUUGGGGGGGUCAUGAAAUUGUAUCAUCCUUAACGGUGCCUGUUCUCUGUAUUUAUUUUGAAACUCGUUUGAGGAGGAAGGCAUUUUGUCGACCCGCCUUCUUUCGAGUGUGCAGUGUGACCAAAGGAAGGGCCUCGAAGAUUGUGGCUUCAGGAUUUCCAAAUAUAACUCGUCUGUGGAGCAGUCGAUGGCCGCAGACACCGAUCAUUUCACUGGGAACUCAAACUGGAAUUUCUAAACCAAUUUCUCAUGCGAUAUUUGAUUACAAAAUUUCCCUUUACAAUCUUUUUCCAGACAUUGCAAAGAAUUCACAAAUUCCUCACCAUGGUAAACAAUUCACAGAAAGCAUCUACUGGUGAUGAUGAUCAAAAUGAUGAUGAUGAUUAUGAUGAAACUGAGGACAUGCAAAAUUCUGUACUCAUUUUUUUUUUAUCCUGACUUGUGUAAGCCACAUGCUUUUCCAAAAUUGUAAAAAAAAAAUGUAUUUAACAAUUCAAUCGCCCAAUUCCCUUGCAAUUGUGGAGCAUAGGCUGAGGUGACUGCUGUGCCUUUGGGCAACCAAUCCGCAACGUAUAUUUCUCAGAACCUGGGUUCAAAACUUACGCAAGCGAUUGUAUUAUAGACGCGGGAUCUCAAAAGUAAUUGCGUUUGUUCAAUAAUCUGCACAACAGACUGCAUUUUUUUUAAAGGAGCCAACCAUCAGACACUCCUGCACGACUGAGGAAUGUCCCGUCAGUUGUUGUUGUGAAAUGCACCCUGAACCACAUCAGGCAAAGCGCCGUGAUGUCACCCCGAUAUUGUUUACCAGACACACGGCUCUGCUUGUCUGGGAGGAAAACGAUGUUGCCCCAGUUGACAAUGGCACAGAUCGGAACACUUAUUGGACACCGUUAAAAAAAAUCUGAGUUUUAAUUUGGACAACUACCCCACGAUUAAACUGGGACUCUUGAGUCGAGUUAGUUGAAGGCUGUAAAGUCCAAUACCAAUGCCCACACGUAAAAACCCAUUUCCUAAAACAAUUGUUGCGUGUGUGUGUUAACUUGAUUCAUUCGAACUCGGAGAAUGAAAACACAGUGAGUGUUACGACCACAAGACGAACACGGUUUGAAGGGUACAUACAGCGGUGCCUCUCGCGUGCGUUUCUGAGGCCAACUCAAGGCCCUCUUGAUACACUUUUUGGCGUCGUCUUUCAGGGCCCUGCUCUGGCACACUGGUACACUGCUCACUGUGAGAGGUCUGUACGCGCAAAUAUCUUUGACAUCAUGACGUGGCAUGGUUAUUUAAACAAAAUGGGUCUACAGUGGUGAGAAAAUAGCAAAGCUGUGUCAGUUCGCUGUUUACGUGAACACGUUUUCACAAAUGGCCGCAUUGCUCCCAAAUUGGUUAUUGACGAAUCGGUUUCACUUUGAGCUGGCACAAGACAGUCGGUGGCGUGGUGUAAGAGGGCGCCAGGUGACGCCGAUGGGCAGGGGACGAGGAUGACUGCGGCGGUCCACGAUGGACUUUCUGACUCUCUCGCUUGCACUUGCCGAGGCAAUCCUUGGAUGGGAGCAUUUGAACCUCAUGGCGGUACCCCGGCUCUCGCACAAUGUCCGUGAUGCAUUCUAAAUUUAAAGCUUUCGUGACUGCAAGGAUUCAUAUUCUUGGGUUUUUUCGGUAAAGUCACGUCGGUAAAAAAUUAUAAUUAAUAAAAGUAAAAUUUAAAUAAAAUAAAAAAUUAAAAUCACGACGUUUCAGAGACAACACAAGCUUCCGUCAUCAGGUGGAACCGUCACAGCACGACUGCUGUAUCAAGUAAAUGAGAAAUUCCAAGAGAUCCUGCAGUCGUUUUUCGUCUGUUGAUGGUCGGCGACGCGGCAAUAGACUCAUCUCGGCGAGCUGUACACGAUGCACCACUACCACGGAGUGGCACCACCGAUUUAGGAUUGAUUGGUACCCCAGUCGCGGAGUGAAGUAACACCCCUGGGAAAAAAUAGUGUCCCAGAAAUAAAAUAUUUAAUUGCCUCGGCCAAUUUGUAUUAUUUGGUACCCCGGGGUACCGCCCUAAGGAUUAUUUGUCGGGUGCAGACGACUACUGGAGGCAUGUGCAUGAUUAACCUCCCCGGUUAAAUCAAAGAUUUAUCACAAAUGGUGGGGGACACUCUUCAAGAGAUCGGUCUUAUUUAAUCUCAUUCUGACCGUCCCGUUUGUAUUUUUCAUUUCUUAUUCUGUCUCCUGUUCCCCCCCC